AUGUCCAAUAUACAUACCCAUCUACAGCCAUUGGUCGUGGAACGUUCCAACAAUACAGGAGGUAUGAACGUACAGCCGGCCAAACUAGAAGUUGAUGGUAAACCCAUUUUCCUGAAACGACGUGUAAUCCUCUAUGGCCAACGUGAUGAUGUACUGCAGACCCUUGAGAAAAUGGAGCGCGAUGGCAUAAUCACACGAUUCACAUCCAGUGCGUGGCAACUCCAACCGUUAUCGCGAUCGAAAGUGACGGCAAAACACCGCAAAUCUGUGGCAAUUACCGAUUAA